AUGGGUGACCUUCCCGCUUCGCUUUCCAAGUCCCUGUUGAUAACUAGGGAAGAAUCGAUAACAGCCAUCAAGCAACACGCAAAGGAGGCCAUCAAGGCAAGACGGACCAAGGAGAAAAUCGGUCUCAUCAGUAAAAGGACAGACUUCAUUCGCCGAGCAGAGCAGGAUGAUCGUGCAAGAUGUGCUGAGUUACGCUCGCAGAUAACAAAGGCCGAAGCUGAUUUGGAACUUCAACUGAGAGAGAACGGUCGCCUUGCCGAUGAGCGCGCUCAGCUUUCUGCCCAGAAUGCCUCACUUUAUCACGAAUAUGACAGAAUUUGGGAGGAAAUCGAUCGCGUCAGACUAGAGCUGGCAGAGUACCAAGCUAAAGAAGAACGACUGAUUGCCGAGAAGGAAUUCCUCAUGAAAGAUAUCAAGCGCGAGUACGAAGCCUCCCACGAAAUCAUUCGCACCAGGGUUACCACCUAUUACAAGCAGAAGGCGGAUGAAAUGCGCAGAAUUGCUGAGGCGAGAGCAUCCGAUGAACUCAAGCACCGACGGGCUCAAAUCGCAAAGAUGGAGGGAACAAUUGGCGACCUCAGGAACAAGUUCCGCCCUCUCGAGGACCGAAACCAUUUGUUGGAGAAGGAAUAUAACGACUUGCAGCUUUCACAUCGUCUAAGUGGCUUCCGUGUGAGCCGUGUAGUAGACGGCAUGGAGAGAUCUUUCACGUUCCCGCCACAAUUCGUCCUCCACGCGGGACAAACCGUACUGAUAUCUGCAAAUCUCCAUACGGCAGCAGCACAUGGCCACCAUCACACAUUCGCCCUAGACCUCCACAACAGUUGGGGAGUCAGCCCUCAAACGAUCACUUAUCUCUACGAUUCCUAUGGAAGGGAAGUGGCAAGAUUCGAAUUGAAGACUGUCUAA